UCCCCCUUGGCUGCCGCGCGCCGUGGUCUCGCCCGCCCCCGCUGCCAUGUUGGAUCGCGCGGCCGCCGGGGCCGGGCCGGAGUUGGAAGUUUAGGGGCGGGAGCGAUCGGGAUCGGCCCCGGCGCGGAGCGGCUCCGGCGCGGCGGCACCGCUGCCCGGCACCCCCUUGCCCGACCGCCCCCCUCCCCGGCACCCUCCCCGCCGCCCCUCUACUCCUCCCUCCUUCCCCGGCCCCGCGAAGAGGCUCCGCGAUGCGGCUGCUGUGAGGCCCCGGCGGCGGCGGCGGAGGAAGGGGAGGAAGGGGCCGCGGGCGCCAUCGGUCGCAGGGCGGCGAGAGCAGCGCCGGGCCGGCCCCGGCCAUGAGCGGCGCCCCGCAGCAGCAGCCCCCGCGGCGGGUCACUAACGUGGGCUCGCUGCUGCUCACCCCGCAGGAGAACGAGAGCCUUUUCGGCUUCCUCGGCAAGAAAUGCGUGACGAUGUCUUCAGCAGUUGUUCAGAUAUACGCAGCAGAUCGCAAUGCCAUGUGGUCAAAGAAGUGCUGUGGUGUAGCUUGCCUUGUAAAGGACAAUCCACAGAGGUCAUAUUUUAUCAGAAUAUUUGACAUUAAGGAUGGAAAAUUAUUGUGGGAGCAGGAGCUGUACAAUAACUUUGUAUAUAAUAGUCCUAGAGGAUAUUUUCAUACCUUUGCUGGAGAUACAUGUCAAGUUGGUCUUAAUUUUGCUAAUGAAGAAGAAGCUAAACUAUUCCGCAAAACAGUAACAGAUUUACUUGGACGACGGCAGAGAAAAUCUGAAAAAAGACGAGACCCACCAAAUGGCCCAAAUCUACCAAUGGCAACUGUUGAUAUCAAAAACCCAGAAAUUACAACUAACAGAUUUUAUACUCCGCAAGUCAACAAUAUUUCAUAUACCAAAGAAAAGAAGAAAGGAAAAACUAAAAAGAGAAGAUUGACAAAGGCAGAUAUUGGAACUCCAUCUAAUUUCCAACACAUUGGACAUGUUGGUUGGGAUCCAAACACAGGUUUUGAUGUGAACAACUUAGACCCAGAACUGAAAAAUCUGUUUGAUCUGUGUGGAAUUUCAGAGGCUCAGCUAAAAGACAAAGAAACUUCAAAGGUCAUAUAUGAUUUCAUUGAAAAAACAGGAGGUGUGGAAGCUGUUAAAAAUGAACUGCGCAGACAAGCUCCACCUCCGCCACCACCGUGCAGAGGAGGACCCCCUCCACCUCCACCUCCCCCUCCCCAUAGCUCGGGCCCUCCUCCUCCCCCUGCUAGGGGCCGAGGGGCACCACCUCCACCUCCUUCAAGGGCUCCCACAGCAGCACCUCCACCCCCACCUCCAUCUAGACCUGGUGCAGCAGUGCCCCCGCCUCCGCCCAACCGGAUGUACCCUCCACCACCGCCAGUGCAUUCCUCGUCUGCACCGUCCGGCCCUCCUCCGCCCCCACCGCCCCCAGCCAGCGGGUCAUCUGUUCCUCCGCCCCCUCCGCCUCCUCCACCCCCUCCUGGUCCUCCUCCACCGCCAGGCCUUCCUUCUGAGGUUGAUCACCAGCUUCCAGUUCCUGCGGGAAACAAAGCAGCGCUCUUGGAUCAAAUCAGAGAAGGAGCUCAGUUAAAGAAGGUAGAACAGAACAGUCGACCAGUGUCCUGCUCAGGAAGAGAUGCACUGCUGGACCAGAUACGACAGGGUAUACAGUUGAAAUCUGUAUCUGAUGGUCAGGAGAGUGCACCACCUACACCUGCACCCACCUCAGGGAUUGUGGGUGCGUUAAUGGAAGUUAUGCAGAAAAGGAGCAAAGCCAUUCAUUCUUCAGAUGAAGAUGAGGAUGAAGAUGAUGAAGAAGACUUUGAGGAUGAUGAUGAAUGGGAUGAUUGAUCAUAUAUUAUUAUAUAUAUAUUUUUUAAGGAGCUGGGAUACUCUUCUGACUCUUCCUGCAUUAAUGUCCUGGAUAACUCAGAUGUUAUCACAUCUCGGCCCUUACUACUGGACCGUUCUUGUCUUCACUAACAACGCCCCUAAACCUCCUGGUAGAAAUACAGUUAGCACACAUACCUUCAGCAGCUUACAGCACACAGCUGUUGUUCAGCACAUUUCAAGAAACGGAAGUUGUCCUGAUGUGGAUUCCUCUUUGGGAAAAUAAUGUCUUGCCUAUGUAUCAAGGUGAAGAACAACAGAGAUCCUAAAUGACCAGCUGGGAAAACACCAUGCUGGUUGCUCUCAAGAGCACUGUGAGAGGUGGGUGGCUGAUUGAAGGAUAGAUGUAAUCCAAGGAUCGUUCUUCCAGGAACCAACCCAACAUAGAUCACAGCUGGCAUAGAAAACAAAAAAAAUACUACAGUCUUUCUUUGGUAGUGGACACAUUGCCUGGUUCACUGUGUGUGCUCACUCUCCUGGCUGUGAACCUCAGGAAACCAUGCACACCUUGGGCAGCAAUCCAUCAGGCUAAUGAUCAUCAUUCCAACAUUUUAUAUGUAGGAUCCUUAGACAAGCUGCCUGACCAGUCUAGAGAUGAUACCUGGAUAGGGAAUGAGCUCAGAGCAGAUUCCUUGUACUUUGUGCCCUGGAUGACAGGUUUUACCUGAGUUAACUUCAGCUAUGCUGCAGUGGGGAGGAUUUGGUGAGACCUGUGUAUUCUGCCAAGCAGAAGUGAAUUGUCACAGUGUUACUUGUAGACACGAGGCAUCUUUGUUUUCUGAAAGGCUGUAAUUUCAACCUCCUGACAGAAGUCAAAUGCUGUGGUAGAUCAAGUUGUUAGUUCCAUCCCUUGUGUGGUCAGUCAGGACAGCCUUUCUGUUGAUCCUAAAAUCCUCCAGAAGAGUGAUGCAAUAUGUAAUCAUUAUGGUAUGAAAUUAUUACAGAUCUUUGUAGUUCCUGACUUUCCACCAAAACUAGGUUAUAUGCAUCCUUCUGUCCUUCCCCAAGCCAUUUUGAGCACUAAGCCUCUUAGCCUUUGGCCCAUUCUUCAAAUACUCCUUCUCUACCAAGAUAGAACUCUGCCUUCUGAAAGACAGAGAAAAGUCAAGCUGUCUGUACAUUUGCUGUCUUGUCCAUUCUUUGCCAUAAAACAAAUUCAGGUUGUUAGCAGGAGGACAGAGCCCUGAAUGGAGCUGCUGCUGUGUGUGAUAGAAGUAUCUUGUCUAACCUCAAGCAGGCUCUCUGUUGGUGCUCUUCUGAAGGUGACUUCAAAGAGUCCCCAGGCCAUCAGGGCAGAUUGUGUGCACAGGGUAUGUCAGUGGUGUGUGCAGAAAGUAGAACAGCGUGGGGUCAUGUCCCUGCACCAGGCCCACAGCCCAGCCUGCAGGAGGGGUAGCUGUGCUCUCUCAGAAGUAUGUGAUGUGUAACUGAGCAAUCAGGGAUGCAGCACAAAGUGGAAUCCUGCAUUUGUCCAACUCAGUCACUCUUCUGACCCUUGCUCAUCUCCACCUCCUGUAACCAGCGUGUAGACACUGAGCAGGUGCCAUCUUGCACUUCAGGCUCUUAGAUGCAGGUGUUUUCACUGAAAUCAAAUCUGUUUUGCCCUGUGCCUCAGUUGCUCAUUUGUCUAAUGGUGCUAAUAGCACAAUGCAUAUAAAUACAUCUAGUCCAGACAUGUACUGCAGUCCAGACAUGUGACACUUAAAAUAUUUUUAAAUGCGGUUUUCCUUGUUCAAAUUUAGUUAUCUCAGUUCUCAGAACAUUAAGUAAGACUUCUUCAUUUCUGUAAGGUCUAGUUUUCAGAAUCAGUAGCCAUUUUUAAGCUCUCAAAAUGAAAACCAAAACAACAUGAAUCAUGUCUGUAGAGCAGUUAAUCUGAGCAGUUUGAUUACUUGUGUGUGCAAAUAUUGGGUCAUUCUCUAAUGUUACAUCAAACUGAUUUUUCAUUUAAUAUUUUGGAAGUCCAGCCACAACAUGCAGUUCCCCAUGGAUUUAGUUUUAAUAAACUAAAAAUGUUUUAAUACACCAUGUGAAAGACAUGAGGUUUGGGACCUACAGACUAGUUGCUAAUCCCCUGGUUUACAAGCCAGGUUUGCAGCACAGCUCCCAUCAGGAGCACUUCCCUGUGAGUGACGGUGUCAGAAGCUUAACUGAUCCCGGACAGGGAGUCCUGCAGCAGCGUGUGGCAGCCCUAUCGAAUGGCUGCGCCCGGGGCUGCACCAGGCUGCCUCCCCUGCCCACCCACAGCUGCACAGCCCUCCCCAAACGUGUGAAAAGAAACAGUUUCAUGGGUGUGAGUCCUUUUAAAAUACCAGAAUCGCUGCUUCUCUGACUGCCCAGAGGUCUGCAAGGUCAAAGGUGCAGCGGUGCUGCUGCCUUGCUUUCACAAAGUGCAGGGUCCUUGGAGGAUUUGAAGUGCAGGAGGCAUUCUGUUUAUGGCUUAGAUUUACUGCAGCUCUGCGUGUGCUGGCUUCUGCUGGUUUCGUCUUACUGCCUCGUCUGUCAUCUCACUUUGAAAGGGGCCAUCCUGUUUUCAUCAGGGUGCACGUUAGAGCUCUGACUUUGUUAGAGGAAAGGCAGCCAGUAGCUUUGAAGUGUGUGAUAAUAUUUUUGCUGCUGGAUGGUAGUCACACUAUAUUCCCCAGCCUCUUGGAUCAUCAUGGAACAUUAGGAGAAAUUGUGACAGGAUGUGGCUGAAGUCAGAUUGAUUUACUUUUCUCUACUAAUUUUUUUUACAAUUUGCACUUGAUAACUACUACAGCCAUAAGGUAAAACUGUGUCAGCUAUUGCUUCUGAAAAACAUGAUCCAUGCUUACUUAAAAAAAACGUUUGGACUUGCCAUACGUUUUUAGAUUCCAGCUAAGAUUUUAUUAAUCUUUCUGCAUAAUUUUCAGUAAACAGCUGCACUGUCAACAUGGAGACAGAAGGCUUCUAAGAAACACAAGGGCAAGCGCAGCUCUUAAAAUCUGACCUCCUGUUUUACUACAAUGAAGACGGGUGCUAUAUUGUUGCAUUAAAGAAGGAAAAAAGAAACAAAA